GUGCAGGCACAGCGUCACUACAGUAACAGUAGCAACAGGUCGCCAUGAGCGGUUCCGGCAAAGGGCUCCUGGGCUUGUGGCUCUACCGCACUGGAGAGGAGUGGGCCUUGAAGGAAGGGCCGCCACGCUCGGCACCUUCUCAGGCUAAUGGACAAUCUUCCGGGUCUGUGAGAACUUGCGAGCUCUCUCAGGAUGUCAAGAAUCCCCACAACUCCGUGGUCUUCUCCCUCAAGAACCAGGUCGGGGGUCUCGCUCGUGCCCUUCAAGUUUUCCAGGAUUUGGGAGUAAAUGUGCUGCAUAUUGAAUCGAGACCUUCGAACCGGCGGGAGUCUGAGUUCGAGAUCCUGGUGGACGUGAAGUGCGACAACAAGAGAAUGGAAGAUUUGGUGAGCCACUUGAGACGCGAGGUAUCGGCCAUCAACUUAGCUCAGUACGAAGAUGGCGCCGACUUGCCCCCUCUUCCACCCACACCGCUGUCAGCUGCAGCAAGUUUCGAUUUCGGGGAGAUGCCGUGGUUCCCGCGCAAGAUAUCGGACCUGGACAAAGCCCAGCGCGUCUUAAUGUACGGCUCAGAUCUCGAUGCUGAUCACCCGGGCUUCAAGGACCCGGUGUACCGCAAGAGACGAGAGCAAUUCGCGGACAUCGCCAACUCAUACAAAUACGGACAGCCUAUUCCCAAGGUGCAAUACACGGCAGAAGAAAUCAGGACAUGGGGAACGGUGUUCAGGGAGCUUCAUAAGCUGUACGUAAUCCACGCCUGUAAGGAGUAUUUAGAGAACUGGCCUCAGCUUGUCAAGUACUGUGGCUAUAGGGAGGAUAACAUUCCCCAGCUGCAGGAUGUUAAUUUGUUCUUAAAACGAAAAACUGGUUUCCAGCUGCGCCCUGUAGCAGGCUAUUUGUCUCCAAGAGACUUCCUAUCAGGACUUGCUUUCAGGGUGUUCCAUUGUACACAGUACAUCCGUCACUCAUCAGAUCCAUUUUACACUCCUGAACC